UAUCUUACACACGAAGAUGUUUCAAACAGACAGAAAUAAUUUUAUAUAUAUAUAUAUAUAUAUAUAUAUAUAUGUAAUAUACACACACACACACAUAUACACUGGCGGCCAAAAGUUUGGAAUAAUGUGCAGAUUUUGCUGUUUUGGAAGGAAAUUGGUGCUUUAAUUUUUUUAAAAAAAAGUCAUUUUUGAUCAAAUCUAGACAGCAGCCAUCACUCCAACACCUUAUCCUUGAGUAAUCAUGAUAAAUUGAUCAUUUGCCACACUAUGCAAUAGACUGACAUGUCUUAAGGUCAAAAAUGGCACAAAAAAAAAAAAAAGAAACAACUUUCUCUAGAAACACAUCAGGCAAUCAUUGUUUUGAGGAAUGAAGGCUAUACAAUGCUUGAAAUUGCCAAAAAACUGAAGAUUUCAAAGGUGUACACUACAGUCUUCAAAGACAAAGGACAACUGGCUCUAACAAGGACAGAAAGAGAUGUGGAAGACCAGAUGUACAACUAAACAAGAGGAUAAGUACAUCAGAGUCUCUAGUUUGAGAAAUAGACGCCUCACAUGUCCUCAGCUGACAGCUUCAUUGAAUUCUACCCGCUCAACACCAGUUUCAUGUACAACAGUAAAGAGAAGACUCAGGGGUGCAGGCCUUAUGGGAAGAAUUACAAAGAAAAAGCCACUUUUGAAACAGAAAAACAAAAAGAAAAGGUUCGAGUGGGCAAAGAAACACAGACAUUGGACAACAGAUCAUUGGAAAAGAGUGUUAUGGAUCUUAACCCCAUUGAGCUUUUGUGGGAUCAGCUAGACUGUAAGGUGCGUGAGAAGUGCCUGACAAGACAGCCACAUCUAUGGCAAGUGCUACAGGAAGUGUGGGGUGAAAUGUCACCUGAGUAUCUGGACAAACUGACAGCUAGAAUUACAAGGAUCUGCACAGCUGUCAUUGCUGCACAUGGAGGAUUUUUUCAUGAGAACUCUUUGAAAAUUUUUUCUCACAUUAUUAAUGUCCUGACUAUACAUUGUGAUCAGUUCGGCCAUGGAAACCCAUUCCAUGAAGCUCUCUACGCACUGUUCUUGAGCUAAUCUGAAGGCCACAUGAACUUUGGAGGUCUGUAGCGAUUGACUCUGCAGAAAGUUGGCGACCUCUGCGCACUAUGCGCCUCAGCAUCCGCUGACCCCGCUCUGUCAUUUUACGUGGCCUACCACUUCGUGGCUGAGUUGCUGUCAUUCCCAAUCACUUCCACUUUGUUAUAAUACCACUGACAGUUGACUGUGGAAUAUUUAGUAGCGAGGAAAUUUCACGACUGGACUUGUUGCACAGGUGGCAUCCUAUCACAGUACCACGCUGGAAUUCACUGAGCUCCUGAGAGCGGCCCAUUCUUUCACAAAUGUUUGUAGAAGCAGUCUGCAUGCCUAGGUGCUUCAUUUUAUACACCUGUGGCCAUGGAAGUGAUUGGAACACCUGAAUUCAAUUAUUUGGAUGGCUCUGUCAUGAUCGAGGAUACCUGGUGACACAAGAUGAGUUGGACCAGACAUUGGAUGAGUUCAAAGGUCAGUUUGGUGACAGACCCAGUGAGGGGCGACCCAGACGGACUGACCUCACCGUGCUGGUCGCUCACAAUGACGACCCCACCGACCAGAUGUUUGUUUUCUUCCCAGGUGAGAUCUGACACUGUCUGACAGACGAAACAUGAUGCAUAAGAUAUUUGACUCCAUACUGUAACAAAAGUACAUUACAAAAUAGCAGAUUAAUUAAGUUUCCCUUUAAGUUAUGAAAAUUCUUUCAUACAUGGGUUUUCCUGUUUGGAGGUUUCUUAACUUUAAUAUCAAAAAGAUGCAUUUAUAUGAGUAUUUUUGUGUCCGUGCAGAGGAGAUGAAAGUGGGCAUCAAGACUAUUAAGAUGUACUGCCAGCGAAUGCAAGAGGAAAACAUCGCCAGGGCCAUUAUUGUAGUCCAGACAGGCAUGACGCCAUCUGCUAAACAGUCUCUGGUAGACAUGGCACCAAAGUACAUCCUGGAACAGUUUCUACAGCAAGAGCUGCUUAUAAACAUCACCGAACACGAGGUGAGAUCAUUCCCUGGUUUCCCACUCACUUUCACAUGCAAUCUUUGGUUUGUUCAAAUGAUUGAUGCUGUUUCUCUCUUGCAGUUGGUUCCUGAACACAUCGUGAUGACAAAAGAGGAAGUGACGGAGCUGCUGGCUAGAUAUAAACUCAAGGAGAGCCAGUUACCCAGAAUUCAGUCUGGUGACCCUGUGGCUCGAUAUUUUGGGCUGAAACGAGGGCAGGUUGUGAAGAUCAUCAGGCCCAGUGAAACUGCUGGACGAUACAUCACAUAUAGACUAGUACAGUAAAAACAAAAGUCAUUUUUGACAAGUCAUAGUUUUAUAAAUGUGAGGCAGUCUGAUGUAGCGCUCAGAUGUUUUGAUUUGUUUCUGUGUGGUGACCGAUGGGCUUUUUGUUUUGUUUUUUACACUAGAAAGAAUUGAGUUUCACGUGAAAGAUUUAUGACAGGAAUUAAAUAUUUAUGUUCUACAUUAAUUUGCCUGAAACUCCUUUUUGC